AUGCGCAGGCGCCUCUCGUCGCGCUGCAGUUGGGGCCAUGAGUCAGAGCCGCCCAAAAUAGCCAGCAAAUGGGCGCCGCCUACCGGCCGGGGCGGGCGGCGGCCCGAUAAGCUCAGUGGCAGCCGCGACGCCGCCGCCGCUACAGGAGCGGUCGAGGUGGAGCGCGCCAGAGUACUGACGCACAGGCGGCGCCGGCGCGGGAUGCGCCGCCAUGCCGGUACGACACCGCGAACUCGGCGACGAGCUCGCACCACCGGAGCCCAAGCGCUGCAGGCACUGCGACGGUACGGUACCCAAAAGAGCCCACCCCUAACCCCGCUACUGAGACCCAAUGGGAAACAUUCGCAACGGCCCGGAGGCUUAAUCGAGCGGAAC